UCCAAACUCGUGUAGUAUCCUCGGCCGCCUUGAGUUGUAACAGGGGUGACAACUGUUUGGUUUUGGCCCUCUGACGUCACAUCCAUUCCCACAAUGCCAUAGUAACACGACUGCGCACUCGCGCUCGUGGACGCGCACCAGCAGAGACAGCCCAUCACACACACAGAGCGAACAUGGCGGGCGCCUCCGACCCUCUGGAAGACAUGCUCUUCUCCGAGGUGGACGAGAAAGCUGUGAGCGAUCUGGUGGGCUCGCUGGAGUCUCAGUUGGUGGGCCAGAGCGAGCCGCCCGCCGCGCGCCAGAGCAGCGCGAAGCAGCAGCAGCAGCAGACAGGAGGAACAGCGCAGCUGCCUGCUCCUGUAGACUCUCCAUCAGAACCACAACAACAAGCGCAGCAGCAGCAGCAGAACGCGCGGAAAGCGGCGCGCAACCCGGAUUCUGACCCGAAAGACGCCAGCAUGGAUAAGCACGCCAAAGCUCUGGAGAAGGAGAGCCAUCUGAAGUCGCAUGGCAGCAUCAUCAUCAUCACUACAGCAGCGGCAGCAGCAGCAUCCAACGCUCCUGCACCGGGCAACAAAGGUGAGAGCCCGAGGGACACCCGCAAGAAACACCUGGGGAAGUCGCGCACGCUGCGCUCCGCAGCAUCCCACAGUCUCAACGGCAACGGAGGCGACGCAGCAUCAGCAUCACCACCCAGCAGCUCCAGCACGACUUUCACCGUAUCCAGUAACCCGCAGGCGAUCUCGCUGGACCGCGGGACGCCCACCAUCGCGCUGCACCGACUCCCGCGUCACAUCAUCGCCAGCAUCGCGCAGAAUGGAAACGGCACGUCGGUGUCCGCGUUGGUCCAGCAGGGCGCGCGGAUCAACCACAGCAAAACACCCGCGGACAACAACGCGAAGCCGGCGGCGACCUCGGCCACAGCAGCGCCUGUCAAACCCACUGUCAGCGCGGCUGCGGUCAUCAGACCUGCGCAGACGCAGACGCCUGCGCAGCAGAGGGUCGUAACGCCGCAGCUGAUUGUCAGACCACCGCAACAGCAAACUACUAUACAGCUGCCGCCCGGAUUCACCAUCCCACCAGGUAUGGUGCUGGUCCGGACAGAGAUCGGUCAGCUGGUGAUGGUUCCUCAGCAGGCUCUGGCUCAAGCUCAGGCCCAGAACAGCAUCUCGCCGCGGCCCUCCACACCCACCAGCGUGGCCACGUUCAGGGUCACGACCCCACAGUCUCCUGUUAGCACUCAGGCGAUUCGUCCCGCUCCUGCAGCUCAAACUAAACUGGUCCAGUUUAGUUCACCGAGCGCUUCGGCCCAGACCAGCACCGCAGCUGGCCCCGCUAAGGCCCCCGUGGCAGCUGCCGUGGCAGUGACAGCUCCCCAGCAGGUCCAGCCAGCCUUGGGCCCCCAGGGGCCCCUCACUCAGAUGCCACUGGCCCCACAGAGCGCAGCCGCCCCAGCCCCCGGAGUUCCGCUUGUCUCCCAGGACGCGAAGAUCGAUCCGGAGGAGUUCACCAGCCGCCUACAGUCCGAGCUGAAGUCGUCUCCGCAGCCGUACCUGGUCCCUUUCCUGAAGAAAAGUCUCCCUGCGUUGCGUCUGUCUCUCCUGAACAGCCAGCAGUCUCUCACUCAGCCUCUGCAGCCCAACAAAACCAGCGUGACGCCGGUCCAGACGGGUGUCAGUGUGCGUCCGCACCAGCCCAACAGCACCACCGUACUGCCACAGGGUAUCAAGAGGGCAGUGGGUCCUGGAGGUCAGAUACGGAUGCCUGUGGUCAUAACACAGAUGGUGCGAGCGACAGGUGCUUUAGGGAAGCCUGCGGCGAUCCAGACGGGCAAAAGCCCUGCGGGUGUCACCAUACAGCUCUCAGGAAACCAGAAAAACAAGCUGAAUGACCCGGGGGGAGGCUCCUUCAGAGACGAUGAUGACAUCAACGAUGUUGCGUCUAUGGCUGGUGUGAACCUCAACGAAGAGAGCGCGCGCAUUCUAGCGACCAACUCUGAUCUGGUGGGAACGCAGAUCCGCUCCUGUAAAGACGAGGCCUUUCUGUCUACAGGUCUGUUACACCGGCGUAUACUGGAAACAGCGAAGAGGUUUGGAGUGACGGACGUACCGCUGGAGGCUGUGAACUUCAUCUCUCACGCCACCCAGUCCAGAUUACGGACGGUGCUGGAGAAAGUUUCCUCCAUUGCCCAGAACCGAAUGGACUCGAGUAAGGAAGACGAGUGGUUCGAGCAGUCAUCUGAUGUGCGCUCACAACUCAAGUUUUUUGAGCAGUUGGAACGAAUGGAAAAGCAGAGGAAAGAUGAGCGAGAACGAGAGAUUCUCCUCAGAGCGGCGAAGAGUCGCUCGCGGCAAGAAGAUCCAGAACAAGCCCGUCUGAAGCAGAAAGCAAAGGAGAUGCAGCAGCAGGAACUCGCCCAAAUGAGACAACGAGACGCCAACCUGACGGCACUCGCCGCCAUUGGCCCUCGGAAAAAACGCAAAGUGGACUCGCCAGGAGCAACAACGACAGGCACUGAGGUGUCGGGGAGUUCGGCAGGUUCUCCGGGCGGAUCGUCAGCCCCGUCCAGCUCGUCGCAGCAGUAUAACCGCCAGAGAAUAACACGCGUCAACCUCAGGGACUUCAUCUUCUACAUGGAGCAGGAGAGAAAGACCAGCAGAUCUCUCUUACUGUACCGCGCUCUCCUGAAGUAGCCAACUCUCCACACUACAGAGGAAUCAGCAGCCAAACCACCUGAGCAGACGUUUCUUGUCAGCCCUGCGACGUGCCUUCAGCCCCGUUCACCGCCUCUGUGUCUGUGACCUCGUGAUGUCAGCGUUGCUUUUGAUAGAAAAGCUUUGGGAAAAAAAAAAAACAAGUAAAAAAUGAUGUACUUCAUGUUUCCUGUUUUCUCCUCAACGUUAUUAGGUAAACUGUAUUUAUGAUAGUGGAUUUUAAUGGUUGUUUCUCCGGAGUGUUUUUCAUUUGUUUCUUUGUUUGUGAAUGAAU